AUGGCAGGCUGCAAGUUAUUCUUCUUCCUUGUUUUAGCUCUCGCCAUUACUUUUGUCUCAGCUGCUCGGCUACUUAAUGAAGAAGAAGAUAUUGGGUUGGUCCCUUUUCCUACCACAAGUCCUGGUCCUUUGCCAACGGCUGGUUCAGGCCCCUUCCCAACUGCUAGUUCCGUUUCCGCAACUGGUAUCACUUCAGGUACAGGUCCAGCCUCAGGCGGUUCAGGUCCCUUGACCACAUUUACUGGCUCUGGAUCUCUACCAACCACUGGUUCUAGUUCCUUACCGUUUGCUAGUUCGGGUCCCUUGCCUACUACUGGCCCCGUUCCUCUACCAACUGCCGGUUCUGGUCCUUUACCGGGUGCUAAUUCUGGUCCCUUGCCUACUGGUGGUUCAGUUCCUGACCACACUUUGGUUUUCUUCAUGCACGAUAUACUCGGCGGCUCAAACCCGACAGCCAGGGCUGUAACCGGGGUCGUUGCAAACGCAGCUCUCAGUGGCCAACUUCCAUUCGCCAAGCCCAAUGGCGCAAACCUCCCCGUCACUAACGGCCUGCCAUCAAACAACAACAACAACGGAAUCCUCAACAACAACAACGUCCCGCUUCUCGUCGGGCUCGGCGGAACCACUUCCAACAUUCUACAGAACAACGGAAACAACCUCUUGAACGGUCUCCCCGUGGCUAACGGCGGUCAGCUCCCGUCCGGUUCUUCUCUUCAGAUGCUCAUGUUUGGAACAAUGACGGUGAUGGACAACGAACUAACGGAAGGACACGAACUUGGUUCUGGUCUGCUUGGUAAAGCCCAGGGUUUCUACGUGGCAAGCGCCGUGGAUGGAACCAGCCAAACUAUGGCUUUCACGGCUAUGUUUGAGAGUGGAGGUUAUGAAGAUAGCAUCAGCUUCUUCGGUGUGCAUAGAACGGCUGCAUCAGAAUCUCACCUUGGUGUCAUGGGUGGUACCGGUAAGUUUGUGAAUGCAAGAGGCUUCGCCAUUGUCAAGACUUUUACCGGUAGCUCCGGUAACCAGCAGCAGCCUCACCAGUUCACAGAUGGGCUCGAGACUGUUUUGGAGUGCUCCGUUUAUCUUACUUACUAG